AUGUCAUCACCAGAGAUUACGCAGAGACUUUUAGAGUACUCAUCUCUGGACCUCGCAAAGUCAUUGGAGGUAGCUAGAUCUCUUGAGAUGGCACAGAAACAUUCUGUGACAUAUAACUCGCAACAAGCCACUACUUUUCAAGCACAACAAUCCACUACGUCAGAAUUGCCACUUUGCUCUGCUGUAGAAGACACGAUUGAUUCGACAACCGGUACCAUAGCUGCAGCUCAAGGCAAGUGCUACUUUUGUGGAGGUGCUAUCCACUCUCGUGGCAAAUGCCCCGCUAAAGAUGCAACCUGCAAUAAAUGCGGUAAAAAGGGACACUACAAAAAGGUAUGCAAAUCAAAACUUUCUACAGUUUACAGACAUAACUCUGAUUCAGCGGCGUAUACAAUAACAGCCGCCUCUUCGUUUUCGCUAUCUCGUACUGUAAUGAAGAUACAAGUUAACAACAUUACCCUUGACGCCCUCAUUGAUACAGGUAGUUCGGACAGUUACAUUUCUGCAUCGGCUGUCAGAAAGUAUAGAUUCAAAACUUUUCACUCAUCAAAACAUAUAUCUAUGGCCAACACGAACCUAACUGGUUAUACUCAAGGCCAUGUUAAUGCUGACAUUAAGAGUAAAGGCUCCACUUAUAAAGACUUCAAGCUACACAUACUUGACAACCUCUGUGAGGAUGUUAUUUUAGGCCAUGACUUCCUUGAACAACAUGAAAGUGUACACAUCACUUUUCAGGGGCCUAAACCAACAAUGGUGUUAAAUGGAAUGAAAGCUGCUAAUGUCGAACCCGCUCCUCUUUUCCAAAAUAUGCUUAAAGAGUGUCGACCUAUCGCCACAAAAUCCAAACGAUAUUCUGCAAACGACACUCUAUUCAUCAAUUCAGAAGUUGAGAGACUCUUAAAAGAUGGCAUCAUUGAGCCCUCGUCAUCUCCAUGGCGGGCUCAAGUCUUAAUAACAACUAACGAAUGA